CAUUGAUCACAUCACUCGGCUCUAAUACGCAUGCGCACUUGACCUCCGAAGACGUGAUUUCCUUUGAAGCGGAAAGAAAGCGCUGCUCGGUCCACAAGGACUCCCGAGACAUGUCUCACACCUCCAUGGGGAUCCUGACAGUGAUUGCCGAAGACUGUGCCGCCUUUCUUCACUCACUGCACCUCGAAUCCACAACUACUGACGUCAUUUUGGAAGGAACACUGGCGAUAAAUUUCCCAUCAGAAUCUGCCACAGUCCCUUGUGCCUGCUACCCUCAGACACCGAGGAGCAUCUUAGCACCCAGGCAGGGGGCCACAAAACCACCAGCUCAGAGCAGAAGUGCACUGAAGAGCCUCAGAGCGGAUCAGCACUCAUCCACAUCUGUUCACGAUGAGCAGAAAGCCAGCAGAUGAAGCAGAGGGAGUCAUUGAGGACAAUGAAUACGUGAACGCACCAGUACGUCCUGAGGACAAAGCCCCCCCAGGUGCACGCUGAACACCACCCACUUCAUGUGCUUGUCAUGUAUUUAAGGCCUUUGAGUGUUGGAGCAGCACCAUGACCUCCACCCUUGUUGUGAUGUUUGUGUCAGACUGGAGGCUCCUCUUCUCCUCUCCGUCUCUCCCCCUGCUCGCCGUGUGUUGGAUCCUCCUGCUGCUCAUCAUGGGCCUUCGUAUCUACUUUUCUUCCGUCAUUUCUGAACAAAACGUCAAGCUGAUAAAAGAGAACCAGGAGCUGAUGAAAGAGAACCAGGAGCUGAUGAAAGAGAUCCAGGAGCUGAGUACAGUUACUACAAUAAGUGAUGAAAUAACAGAGAUGAACCAGUUAAGAGAAAACCUGCUGGCGGCCAAACAAGAGCUGAGAAACUUCAGUGAGCAGCUGAACUUAGAGAAGGAAGACUCGAGAAAGAAACUCAACAGUCUGAAGCUGCAGCUGGAAAACAUGACGCAAAACUAUAAUCUCUCAGAAGGUAAGAACACGAAGCUGGAGAACGAGAUCCAGCAGCUGAAGGAGAACUUCACAAAACAAAUCACAGACCUGGAGGACAAGUGGGAGAAGUUCAAUGUCAGCAGAGCUCAGUGGACCAUCGACUCCUACUGCCCAGCAGAUACAAGUAAAGCGAGAACGUGUUCAGCUUGUCAGAAAGGCUGGUACCAGAUCCAGAAGAGCUGCAUUGUGCUUCAUAACAGUGAAGCUCCUCCUGAUCCUAAAACCUGGGAAGAAGCUCGAGAGAACUGCAGAGGAAGGGAUGCAGAUCUGUUUGUUGUUCAUGAUGAGGAGGAAAAGAACGUAAUCGAUGGUUACAUCAGAGAGCUCGCUGUACCUAACGGGUACUGGAUGGGCCUGAGGGUUGAAGGAGGGACGUGGAAGUGGAUCAAUGGAACUAAUCUGACUGACGCAUCCUUGAUAGAACCUCCUGCUGAAGGUCACUGUGCCGUUUCUCUCGGGACCAGAACAUGGACAUCAGUGAAGUGUGCUGAGAAGAGAACAAGGAUCUGCUCACAGAAAGCUUUGUCUGUUUAAACGUCUCAUCUUUCAUUCUCCAGAAGGUUCCUGGAUGCUCCUACAUGUGACAUCAAGUGGCUCAUCAACAUACAAACAUGUAGGAUUCUACUUCACAACUAUGAUUUUAUUCAAGGUUUUCAUUUCUACAGAAAAUAGCUUUUAUUUUCUAAAGUGUUGUGUUCUUCAAAGCAAAUCUCAGCUUCAAGGUGUUUUAUUGGAUCCAAUAGAUACUUUGAGUGUGAAUUCAGACGUCAGGACCAAACUGUUGAUUGUUCAUAACUUCCUGUGUGUUUCCUUGUGAUCUGAUUUACACAUCAGCAGCUUCCUGAUUUCUCCCUGAUUAAUUUCUUCUUGUUUCUACCUUUGACCAGCAGGGGGCGCUGCCUGCUGGUUCUCUGCACUUUGCAUCAAUACUUAGAACCAUGUUGAACUUGCACAGCUGAUGUUUCUCAGUUUAUCUUUGUAGCAGCAGGUUCAUCUUUUGGUCUGUUGUUGUUGUUGUUGUUGUGAAUAAAUGUGCAGCCACA